AUGUUAUUGAACGAUGUUUUCGGUAUGUUGAAGGCAAGGUGGGCAAUCUUACGAGAUAACUCGUAUUAUCCUAUUAAACAAAAAGUCAGGAUCAUCAUGGCGUGUUGUCUCCUCCACAAUUUUAUAAUGCAAGAAAUGCCAGUAAAUCUACUUGACAAUGACGGUGAAGUGGAUGAGGGAACCGGAGACCAUGGAGUCGAAGAUGGAGAUAAUAUAAAUGUUGUUGGUAUGACGAGUCAAAAUAGAAAUUAUAGAGUUUGGACGAAUAUUGAAGAAACAAAACUCGUUGAAGCUUUACUUACUAUGGUGAAUACGGGAGCAUUUAAAGCCGAUAAUGGCUUUAAAUCGGGUUAUUUAACAUUUCUUGAACAAUCGUUAAAAGAAUCUUUGCCGGGCUCCGGGAUUUUAGGGAAACCACACAUCGAAUCAAAGUUAAAAAUAAUGAAGAAAGAUUGGACUAUUGUGCAUGACAUGAUUAAUGGUUCUUAUACUAGUGGCUUCGGAUACGAUAGUGUGAAGCAUUGUGUCGUUGCGGAAGACCAAGUUUGGGAGUCGUAUUUUCAGGUCCAUAAAGGGGCGGGAAAAUGGAAGAACAAACCAUAUCCUUUUUAUGAGGAUCUUUGUAUUGUAUUCGAAAAAAAUCGUGCCACAGGAAAUAGAGCAAGAGAUUUUGUUGAGGCGGAACAGGAGGCGCGUACAGAAGAUCAAACACAAAACCUGAAUGACGAGUCCGAUGACGUAAUUGCAACUAGCAAUGUUCAAGGUAUGAAUGCAAAUAUGCAAUCUGAAGAAACUUCAACUGCGCCUCGUAAGAAGAGAAAACGUCAAGUAGAUCCCAUGGCUGACGGAUUUAGUAAUGCGGUUACUAAACUUGGAGAAACUUUGGAGAAAAUGGUGAACAAACUUAGCAGGGGUGUAGAACGAGAAGACGGAAUUGAUAAGAAACGUUCGAUGAUCACUCCUGAGAUAUUAAAAAUGCAGACGUUGGCCCAACGGGAUAAGUAUAAAGCAAUUUCAUUGAUAAGAGACGAUCCUAAAAAGGUGAACAAGUUUUGGGAUUUCCAUGAAGCGGACAGGGAAGGUUAUGUCGAUUGGGUUUUAAAUGGAUGA